UUAUGUAUUGAGAAUUGUCUUGUAGAUUGGAGUAACUAUUUGCUCGAAAAAACAGCAAUACCAAUAAAAGUACCUUUAUCAACUAUUUCUUUCUUUCUAUAUUUUGUCUUCUCUUUCUUUUCUUCUAUUUGCUGUGCUAAAUCAGAAAGUCAAGGGCAUAUCAAACCUUGUAUUCGAUCAAGAUAACCAUGGUGAACCCUUCCCACGCCCAACGUUUGGAAAAUUUAGAAGCUGAAAUCUCCCACAUUUCCACCCAAAUCAAUGUUGAAUGGAUAAAAUACGCACUAAAGUAGCCCAAAAUAACCAAAAUUAAUCCCACCAGUUGAUUGUGAUCCUACGUAGAAUCCCACCUGUUUAUUUUGAUCCUACGUAUAAUUCCGAUCCUAACAACUUUGAUCCACCCCACAACCUAAAAAUGAAUUUGAACCUUAUACCCAUACCCCCACUCUCAACAUUAACCUAUUUGUCAAUUAGUCCAUUCCAUUGCCAACGAUAAUUCAGCUGAGAAAAGGAAUUGGAAGUCCAAAAAACUCGACCUUCCUAUGUUUGAUGGUGAAAAUCCAGAUGGUUGGAUCACUAAGGCUGAACGAUUCGUUCAUUUUUAUGGGUUGACAAAGGAAGAGAUGAUGGAGGCAUCAAUGGUAAGCCUUGAUGGUGAUGUGUUGCUAUAAUUCCAAUGUGAGCAUCAAACCGAUCCUUAGAUGGGAAGAGUUGAAAGGAUUGUUGUUAAGGAAGUUUUGACCUGCUGAACAAGGCUCUCUACAUGAGCAAUGUCUUUCGUUACAAUAGACAGGGACAAUUACUGAAUGUUAAAUGGACUUCAUCGAGAAAGCAAAGCCUCUUGGUAAGAUCUCUCAACAUAUGCUAUUACGGUCUUACAUGAAAGGAUUAAAGGAAGAUAUUAGGAGACAGUUAAGGGUACUGGCGCCUCAGACUCUAAAAAAAGUGACUUUGACUAUAAGAAUAGAUGAGAAACUAUAUUUUGACGGAUCUAUGAAAGUGGGCCAAUAUCGAAACCAAACUGGACGAAAAAAUACCCAAACCCUCCUAUGAUUCAUUCAUACAACUCUCAAUCUAGAAAUCACACCUCUCAAUCUUUCCAACACCAUUCACCUUCACCUUUCCCAAACCAACCCUACCACCCUCGAGAAACUUUCAAUCCAAAUAAUCGAGUAACCAAACCUAACCGCCCAAGAAUAACCCUAUCAAACCGAUAAAUGAUGGAACAAAGAGCUAAGGGGUUGUGUUUUACUUGCAAUGACAAAUGGUCCCCGAAUCAUGUGUGUAAGCAAAAGGAGUUUUGUUUUAGUGUGUUUGGAGGAGGCAGAAGGGGAAUGGGAGGAAGCAGAUGAUGUAGAUGUGGAGGAAAAUGAGAACUCGCAGGAAGUCGAUAUAUCUCUUAGUUCAGCAGUAGGGUUAACUAACACCAACACCAUGAAGAUGAAUGAUACCGUAAAAGGGGAGGGGGUGAUUAUAAUGAUUGAUCCUGGGGCUACCAAUAAUUUCAUCUCAUCACACACUAUCACUAUUAAUUAAACAUGCCUUACGCCAACUAUAACCGAUUUUGUGUCACUUUGGGAAAUGGAGAGAGGAUUCACGGGGAAGGAGAAUGCCGGCAGUUGAAGUUGGAGGUGCAAGGUCUCACAAUAUGUGAAGACUUUUUGAUUUUAGAAUUGGGAACUCAUACCUGAUUUUGGGGAAUCAGACGACAGAAUUACGGGGUAACUCGUCUCUAGGGUUCACUCAAAUUUCAUUGAAGGCAAUGCAAAGUGUUGAAGAAGAAGCAAGGGGUUUUAGUGGAGUUGAAACAAAUCAUGGAUGGGAGCAAUCGAACAAUAGUUAUCAGGCCCAUAGAAACUCCCACUAGGCUUGCCUCCUUGUAGAGGAAGGGAACAUGCCACUACAUUGAAAGAGGGAACAAAUUCAGUCAGUGUUAGGCCUUAUAAAUACCCACAUAUUAAGAAAAAUGAAAUCGAGAAGUUAGUGAGUGAGAUGUUGCAGGCCUAGAUUAUACAACCCUCAACUAGCUCAUUGUCAAGCCAAGUAAUUCUUGUUAAAAAAGAUGGCUCAUGGAAGUUUUGCGUGAAUUAUAGGGCUUUGAACAAAGUAAUUGUCCUGGAUAAAUACCCCGUACCCGUCAUUGAUGAGCUAUUAGACGAAUUGUUUGGGGCUAGCAUUUUUUCCAAGCUUAAUUUAAAGUCGGGAUAUCACCAAAUACGAAUAAAAACAGAAGAUGUUGCAAAGACUGCAUUCCGAACACAUGGGGACACUGAAUUUUUGGUGAUGCCAUUUGGCCUUACCAAUGCUCCCGCGACUUUCCAAUCCUAUAUGAAUGAUGUAUUCCGGCCCUUCCUUCGACGUUUUGUGCUUGUUUUUUUUGAUUUUAUCUUAACCUAUAGUAAGAAUGAGGAGGACCAUUCAUAGCAUGUGACGUUGGUAUUGAAAACAUUGGAGGAAAAUCAGCUUAAUGUGACAAGGGAAAAUGUGAAUUUGGGGUCAAGAAAUUGGCGUACUUAGGUCAUUUAUCACCAGUGACAGAGUGGCUAUGGAUUGAGAGAAGAUUGAGGCAAUGUUUUCUUGGCCCACACCUAGAAACUUGAAAGAGUCGAGGGGAUUCCUUGGGUUGAUGGGAUAUCAUAGGAAAUUCUUGUGGCAAUAUGCAACCAUAGCCAAACCCUUAACAAAGCAGCUUAAGAGGGACUCUUUUGGGUGGAAUACUGUAGCCACUGCUGCCUUCGAAGCUCUCAAGUAGGCCAUGACCAAGGCUUCAGUUUUAGCUUUACCAGAUGUUUCCAAGGUUUUCAUGAUUGAGACAGAUGCUUCUAAUUAAGGGUUGGGGCUGUUUUGCUGCAAGACAGAUAUCCUGUGGCUUAUUUUAGUAAAACAUUAGGCACUCAAGCAAGUAUGAAGCCCAUAUAUGAGAAGGAUUUAAUGGUAAUAGUCUUUGUAAUACUCAAUAGAGGUAUUACUUAUUGGGUAGAAAAUUUGUUAUGAGAAUGGAUCAGAGCAGCGUACGAUUUUUGUUGGAGCAAAGAGAGAUAGGGACGGAGUACCAAAUCACUAAGAUCACGGGCUUUGACUUUGAGAUAACCUACAACCCAUGAGCUGCUAAUCGAGUGGCUGAUACUUAUGCUUAUCUCGCAGGGGUUGUAGUUGAGGGCAAUGUGUAGUUAUAUUGUGGUUGAUUGGAAGGAAUUGGAAGAAAGCAUAGAUAGGGACCUAUUCUUGGCAGCCAUUAAACAGAGGCUGUUGGUAGGUGAGGUAGUUUUGCAGGGUUUUCAAAUAACCAAUGGGCAACAUCGUUAAAAGGGGUGGUGCGUUUUGCCAGAACAGUCACCUUUCGUUGAAACUAUUUUAAGUAUCAUGACUCACCAAUUGGUGGCCACAAUGGGGAACGCAAAACAUAUGGCCGGAUAGCAUCCGAAUGGUAUUGGGAGAGCAUUAAAACGAAAAUAGAGAAUUAUGUGAGACAAUGUGGAAUGUGUCAACGGCAAAAGGCAUCUAUGCUUUCUCCAGCAGCACUCUUACAACCUUUACCUAUUCCUAGCAAUGUUUGGGAGCACAUUGCAAUGGACUUUGUUGAUGGGCUUCCAAAAUCCCAAGGCAAGGAUAGCAUAUUAGUGGUGGUGGAUAGGUUGACAAAAUUUUCUCAUUUUGUUAGUCUUAAACAUCCCUUUUCAGCUGGAACAGUGGCAGCAACUUUCAUCAAAGAGGUAGUCCAUUUGCAUGGAUUUCCACUUCCAUAGUUUCGGAUAGAGAUAAACUUUUCAUGAGUAAUUUAUGGAGAUAGCUGUUCCGAUUACAAGCCACCACCCUCAAGAGGAGCAUGAAUUAUCAUCCUUAAACGAAUGGGCAAUCCGAGGUGGUCAAUAAAACCUUGGAAACGUACUGACAUUGCUUCAUCAACGGUCAACCUAAGCUUUGGAUGUCUUUGCUACAUUGGGCUGAAUAUAGUUAUAAUACAUUUCCCCAUUCCUCCACCAAAAUCUCUUCUUUCCAAGCUUUAUAUGGGCAGACACUACAAGGUGGGACAAGGAGGGACGUCCAUUGGGAGUUUAGAGGACUUGUUACAAGAAAGAGAUGCAAUCCUUGACAAUCUUAAACUUCAUGGAAGGAUAACCUGUGUUUUUAAUGUUACAACCAUAUAGACAAAAGUCUAUUGCUAAACACUACAAUGAAAAGUUGGCUCCACGUUAUUAUGGGUCGUACAUGAUCAAAAAGAAGAUUGGGGCAUCUGCUUAUGAAGUAGAUCUUUCUUCCCACAGUUGCAUCCAUUUGGUGUUUUAUGCUUCAAAAAUCAAGAGAUCAAUUGACAACCAUCAAGUUUCAAUCCUAUCUCCGCAGAUUUCAGCAGACUUGGAGUUGGUGGCUAAACCAAAGGACAUUCUUGAGCAGCGUUAUAAUGCUGAAGGAAAGCUGGAAGUACUCAUUAACUGGGAUGAUCUACCUUCAACUGAAGCAACUUGGGCAGUGCCGUUUCUGACAAUUUUUGGGCUCUAGCGAAAAUUAAAAAAGCGACCCUUAUAUAAAUAAAGUGUCGGUUAUUUUUUCUCAACUAUAUAGUUCAAUAGUGAUGCGCUUAACUAAAAAAUUUAAUGCUGCAAGUUCGAUUCAUGCUAGAAGCUACUUAUGCUAAUACUGAUUUUUUAUUAUAAGGAUUAAUUCAAAAUUUGGGCCCCUUCAUAAAUUAGGUCUUAGACGGUUGCACCUUAAAACUAUCCUCAUGAACGGCCCUGAACUUGGGAAGAUGUAGGGUUGGUCAAUCUCAAGUUUCCUAAUUUUCACCUUGAGGACAAGGUGAGACUGCAUACCGGGAGUAUUGCUAUGCCUCUUGUACAGAAGAGAGACUGGAUUACAUAUCGAAGAAAGAACAAGUGCAAGAUGGGAAAAGCCGCUGAAGUGGCAAAAGAAGUUAGUGAAACAGAAAAAGGACAGUACCUGUGAUGUGCAUAACAAAGGAAUAAUCAAAAGGAAUAUUUGUAAGGGCGGGGGGUGAUGAAUCUGUCAUAGAUUUGGCGAGGUGGCUUGUAUGCAAGUCCAGCACUAUAAAUAUAGAGAAUAUAUGUAAUGAGUGGAUAUGCUUAUGUAUUGAAAAUUAUCAUGUAGCUUGGAGUAAUUGUUUGCUCGAAAAAAAAGUAAUAUCAAUAAAAAUACCUUCUCAGCUAUUUCUUUCUUCACAAAUUCUUGUGAGAGAUGAGAGACCAUCUCUCAUUGGGCUGACCUCUUAUAUAUUUUCUUAAAAUUUUGUAAGUAGGCAUUAAGAAUAAUGUAAGUAGACAUUUAAGAUAUUGAAAGUAGGCAUUAAGGAUACGGUAAGUAAGCAUUAAGAAUAAUGUAAGUAGGCAUUAAGAAUAAUAUAAGUAGGCACUAAUCUUUAAUAGGUUGGGCUUGAGAUACGUCUCUCAAGAGACUAGCUACUCUUUUUUUCUAUACUCUGUCUUUUUCUUUUUUCUUUUCUUCUAUUUGCUGUGCUGCAUCAGAAAGGCAAGGGCAUAGCAGAAUGUUCUACCCAACUUGUGGGUUUUACUACGUUGAAGGGUUUCUAGAUGUGAUAAAUUUGUUUUGGAUGCUUAUUUCUUUCUCAACUCUUUGGGGCCUUCUCUUGUUCAAUGGAAUAGUCUCUAUGGUUAUGAGAUUUUUGUUGGUGGAAUGGCGAUCAACUUAGCAAAUUACGGCUCUAGUUCAGCAAGAACCCAUUAUGACUUUGAUAUGAGCUCUUGAAGUCAUAUUCUUAUAGACCUGACAUUUAAUUAUUGAAGGUGCUUCUGAUUUAGCCAGAAAUAUGAGUGAUAGUUGCAAGAGACGGGAUUCAAAGUGGGAUCUUAGAGAGUCAGAAGCCUUACCUGAAAACAUUUAUUAUAGGGCUCAGCCACGGAAGCACCGUGAGUCCUUUUCACCUGGUAGAGUUUUUCGUAGACAUAAUAGUCGCAGCAAAGAAAGUGCUACGAUGUUGGAUCGAGAAGGAGACUACCCAAGAAUAUCAACAGAACUAGAUGAAUGGAGACCUCGGCAUUCAACUCGAUCUCCAAGGAAGGGUUGGGGCCGGUCACACAGGAUUAGUAAGAGCAGGAGCAGGAGCCGGAGCCGGAGCCGAAACAGAAGCCGAAGCAGAAGCCCACUUCGUACCUUUAGACAGGAACCUACUGUAACUGAUAGGAAUAGAGGCAGAUCUGGAGCUUCAGCACACAUUUGUAGGGAUUUUGCUGCGGGGAGAUGCAGGAGAGGGAAUAAUUGUCAUUUUCUUCACCAAGAUAGCGAACUGUAUGACAGUAGGCGACAUCUAGAUGACCGGGAAGGUGGACGUCGAAGGACCGGAACUUCCAAAUAUUCUCCUGAUGAUAACAAGGGUCAUGCCAUAAGGACUGAAAAAUUUGCACACAUCUGUAAUGAUUUUCUGAAGGGUAGGUGUAGAAGAGGAGAAUCAUGCAGAUUUGUACAUCGUGAGACUGCUGUUGAAGUGUUUGAGAAAGGACCAGUUGAAGAUGUCUACAAGAACAAGGAUCCUGACCACCGCAGUAGAGAGUUGUAUUCUGAUCAUAACCAGAGAAGUAGGGAUUCCUAUCCUGAUCAUGGCCAUAGAAGUAGGGACCCCUCUCCUGAUCGGAAUCAUGAAUAUGAACCUCCUAGGAAAGGUGAAACUCCCUGCAAGUUUUUUGCUUCUGGAAAUUGUCAACAUGGAACUCGUUGCAGAUUUUCUCAUCAGGUGAAGGAUUCUUUUAGUUCAGAAAGGUCGCGAGAUGAUAGGCGUGAUCUGGACCGUGACGUUAGUCAUGGUUGGGAUGGUCCAAGAUGGAAUGAUGCAACUAUCUCAACUGCUCCAGUAGUGCAAGGAUGGGAAGAAGACAAAAAUGAGAAUCAAGUGAGAAUCCAAGGUGGUGGGAGGGAUCCAGAUCAUAAAUAUGAGGGCGACCGAAUAUGGGAUGGUCCAACAUGGACUGAUGCUACUACAGUCCCCAUUUUUGCUACAGUGCAUGGUUGGGGAGAGGAUAAAAAUGAGGUUACAGAAGUGGCUAAUGAUAUUACUAGAACAAGACCUGGGGACAAUUCCUGGAGCCAUGAUAUUCUUACGGUAAAAUCAACAUGGGAUACACCAGCUAGUUUAGACAAAUCUCAGAACUUAGACAACGAGGAGCCUCUUCAAUGGAAGGCGGAAAAUAAUGUCCCUGCCAUGGUUCUUUCUACAUCAAGAGGUGGAAAAAAAUUAUCUGGUGACGUGGAGAUUUCUGCUAGAGAUAUCAAACAGCAGGGUGUCAAUUCAUCAACUUCUGAAAUGCCAUGUAUCUCCAACAUUACUUUUCCUGCUGUUCAACAAGACUCUGCUGUAGAAGCUUCAUGUGAGAAGCAUUACCCAGCUGACUUCCAGGAACAGAAAGUCUUUAUCGAUUCUUUUGGAGAGAAGAAUCCCAGUCAUAAGGACAACAAACCUGGGUUGUAUUCUGGGGAAAUGAAAGAUGUUGGAGAUCAUGAUGGCCCAGGUAUCAUCGCGGAUCAACCCAUAAAUGCUCCACAAGGGCAAUGUAUUUUCCAGCCUGAUAAGAGUGCCAAUAUUCACCCUAUCUCACAUAUAAAUCCUUUUCAAGGACAAAGCCAACUGCCAGUCCUUUCACAUCCUGCUGGAGGAGAGAUAAUGAAAGUGUCACAUAAUUUACCAUCUUUUCGAGAUAACAAAGAUGCUGACAAAUCUAGUGUAGUCAGUUUAGCGCCACCUGCAUUUGCUCCGACAUCUGCUACUGCCCAUAGCGAAGUAAGCCAACAGCAACUGGAACAACUCUCUAAUCUCACUGCUUCUCUGAUCCAGCUACUUGAAAAUAGGAAACAGCUUUCACAGUUGCCUUCUGCUGUGACUAACCUUCCUAACUCAGCUGCACCUGUUCCUCCUGUUUCUGGUGUUAUGAUCCAGCUAAAUCAUGUUCCUGAAGCAGUAAAGCAAUAUCAUCCUGUAUGUAAUAGCAUUGAACCAAAGAUGUCCAACAUGGGUAAUCAGCUGUUGCCAAGUGUUGAGCAGAAAAGCUCUGAUAAUGAACUGCACCCUCAUGCUAACUAUGAAAUACAUCAUGGGAAUGGGAAUUUGAAUCAGAAAGAGCAUCUUGCAUCAACCAAGGGCGAGGAAAAUGGCACAGAAUCACUUGUUGGGGGUAAUAAGGCACCAGAAAAUGGACCUUCUAAGGAUGUGGGUGCAGAUGAUGGAGCUCAUGAUAAGAAAAUGAAAGAGAGUAAGGAAAUUCGUCCGUUCAAAUUUGCUUUAGUGGAGUUUGUUAAGGAGCUUUUGAAACCCUCUUGGAAGGAUGGACAAGUGAGCAAAGAUGUCUACAAAAUAAUAGUUAAAAAGGCAGUCGACAAAGUUAUGGAGACACUAGGGCCUCAGGUUCCUCAAACGAAAGAUAAAAUCGACCUGUAUUUGUCAUGUUCAAAGCAAAGAAUUGAUAAACUUGUACAGGCAUAUGUUGGGAAACACCAGAAGAGCUGAAGCUUAACAUUGAAGCAUUCUGAUAGACAUAAUUUUCCUGUAUAGUAGUAGUCGUAGCUGGUUUUUUUGAGAUUUUUGUACAAUCGGUUUAUGAAUUAGAGGUAAUUAACCUUUUUUUCUGCAUAUAACUUUUGUUCUUUAGACGAGUUAACUUAUAAUUUCUGAAGUAGAUCAUGAGAAUUUAGUUUUGUUUUUUCUUGAUAUGGAUCCGAUAUUUAUUUAGUUUUGACAAACAUGAAUGGAGUAUAUGUAUAUCAAUAGUUUGAAUACUAAACUAUGUUUUAAGUCUAAGCGAUGGGGUACCCGUAAAAUGUGCUGAAAUGCUGCGAAUUUGGUCCAUGAUCUGUAAGGUCGUAUUGUCAAGUAAUGCUCUGUACCUUAGACUUGAAAACUUUCACAUAAAGUACAUGAGAGUAUGUCAAGUAAUACUUACUUACAUAAUGAUCUAAACACAUGAAUUUUAGGUUUUGGGUUUUAAAUUGUAAUUGUAUGAAAGUGGUGGAAUGAUUAUUUGUAUUGAAGAUCACUUGAAAAUAACCUUUUGCGGAAGUUAAGGUUGAGAAUAAUCUACCUGCUCAGUCUUGCAUAGGUGAAAGUUUAGUAGGAACUGAAUGACAUUCAACUCACUCAGACUCACAUAGAUGGAAGUUAAUUUAGGUAGGCAUAAUGAUUUUAAACUCAUAUGAGUUGGUAAUUGAGUUUCAAGGAAGUUGAGAUCAAGGUCAAAAGGCUUUGCAAGGACAGUGACUUUGCUGGUCAAAAUUUGUCAAACUUUGACAACCCUUGAUCAGCCUUGACUAGUGUUGACUAGAUGAAGUCGCUAUGGACAACGACUUUUUUAGUGUUGUUUUUAAUUAUUUAUAGUUUUUAUCUCUACAACUUGUCAUAAAUAAUUCAUGUGUUAAAACAAUCAUAUCCAUGUACUAUUGAUCAUCACAUGUUUUAUCAACUUUGUUUUCCAAUAUUUUAAACAUUCAACACGCUGCAUUCUAACUUAAAUAACAUAUAUAAAUUAAAUCUUGUAGUUAUGUAUUCAAUAUCCAAUAUGCAAUUGUCUAUUAACAACAAAGUUAUAUACAUAAAAAUAUAUGUACAAGCUAUAAUCUAUGAAUCGCUAGUGGGAGUAUCACCAUGAUAAAUGGUAACUCAACUUGGAUAAGCUAGGGGUAUGCUCACGAUUUGAGGGAUUUUUAGACCUAAAAUUAUGGACAAACAAGCGAUACAUAUGAUGUCUCGCCUUGAGUGGCUUCAGAAGUCGUUUUAUGACUACGUGUGGCUAGCAAUUGGUGCUUAGUUGACGUUCCCAGUGUAUUUGCUUGUGUGGAGGAAUUUCGAACAUUAUCUUGAGGUAAUAGUGAAGUAGAUGAUGAUAACCAUGGCCGACCAUUGCACUCUUGCACAUCACUUGCACUUCAU